GCUCUUAUCUGCCAUUGCCCUAUAAUGGCGCUAGGGGGCGACAAUCUGACCACAUACGUCGUUGCCUAGCAACACAAACCAAACUUUUUGUUCGCCUUGUGGUUAGCUGAAACCUUUCUCUGGAUAUUGUUACCACAGUCUCCAGGAUGAGUGCUGGACGGGCGUCCGAGGGCGCGGGCUGCGUCACCUGGUGGGGCUUCAGCCCGGCGCGCGACCUGCUGCGUACAGGCCCAGUGAGACACGAUGGAGAAGCCAAUGUGCUACUGGUUGGCAGUGCAGAUCCACGACACAUUUUAAAGACCAUUGCUGGUUUGCAGAGCAAACAAAGCCUCCAUGUGUGGCUGAUAGAAAACAGCAUGGAGGCGGUGGCGAGACAGCUGCUGCUCCUCUACCUGGCGCUGAUGCCUCAGGAAAAUAUGGGGCUUAAUGAGAAGACGGAGGUUUUUCUGGAGGUGUUUGGGAACAGUGAGAUCCGCAGUCAGACAGAGGAGACGCUGAGACAUGGAGCCCUGCAGCUGUCUCUGUCUGUUACCGACACGCUGGAAACAGCAACGCACCCAUGUCUGAACACAACUCUUCUCAAGUUCAAGGAGAGAGAUGAGCUGACCAGGAUCUUCAAGCUGUGGAGGCAGCCUCAGUCAAGCUCUUCAUCUGAGUCUUCUGCCUCCAUGUCCAUGUCCAGAGCCUGGGAUUAUCGAGUCAGGCAGCACCUUGGAACGCGCUACGACUUCAAGAAGGGUUGCUUCGACUGGGACCUUUCAAUGAAGCUGCAUGAUAAAGGGUGUGGCACUAUCAACAAACAACAAUAUGUGCAAUGGAGGGAACGUGGUGUGGCAUUUGAAUUGAGGGAAGGUCUCUAUGAAAUCAACAAUCCAACUUUGAUUUCUUCAAGAGUUUUCAGUCAAAGAGGGAACAAAGUGGCUGUGAGAGGAUACUGGGGAGACAUAGUGUCCAGUCCUUACCUGUCCUUUGGCAUUGAGUCUGACGAUAAGAGCCUAUUGAAGACACACAAUGGGCAGCAUAUCAAGACAGCCCAGGAUCUCUCCUUGGCGAAUGUACAGGCUUUGUUCCAGUCCUUGUCCAGCAGACGGGGCUGCCCCACUGCAACUCAGUCCCACUCUGAGGAGCCAUCCAUACAGCUGGACCAUAAAUCUGUCACUAUUACUGAUCUAAUGCAUCUAAAUGGGAUCUCUGUGACCUUCCUACCUAUGGACUCACUUCACAAACUGCCAGAAAAGCAGACAUACUCCCAGUUCUUUAACAUUAUCUACUUUUCUGCUGGCUGUGUGCAUCAGUUGGGCCCGAUGAUGAGACAGAUUGCAGCACCGGACGCUGUGCUUGUCGUGGAGUUGGCCAAGUACAUUUUGGACUUGAACAAAGAGCAGGAAGCGGGCUUUGCAGAGAAAGUGGUGAGCAUCGCUGGAGAGGCUGGGUUUGAACCAUUGCAUGAGAGGAAGAGUGAUGACGUUUAUGCUACUUUUAUAGCACAGAAGAAGUAAAAGUGGUUUAUUUCAGCAGAGCAGUUUUGCCUGUCACUGGCUUUACACAUAAGAUGCAACAGUCAAGGUGAAUUUCUUCAUCAGGACGUUUUCCCGCUAAUGAACUCAUGUUCUUCAUUUAUAUUCUAUUUAGUCUUUUAUAUUGAUCCAUUUUUGUUUGUAAUUGGGAACUUUUGCCAUGUAAUGAUAUUAUCCCCAGUUUCAAUAACACUAUAAAUGUCCAUUUUAUUUAUUCAGUUCCACAGAGAAUGUUCCUCGGACUCCUAUAGCUGAAUUACAAACACUGCUAAUUAAUAAAUUUCAUCGUGGUGCUAGUA